AUGUAUGACCCCAGGUUGGCGGGACGGUCCAUCCCGUCUGUGUGGCUAUUCUUGACCGUCUAUACUUUGGCCGAAUGUGUCUGGACCGGGGAGGCGUCAUCGGGGGGAAAUGGUGAUGGUGACAACUGGAACGGGGCUUUGCAAGUGAGGUACUGUCAUGCCAUCUAUGAUGGUAUUGCUCCCCUAGACCAGAUCGUCCAACUGACAGAUUAUAGGGCUGCGUGCCCUGGACCCAUCCGGAUUCGCCACUCUUGGCGCGAAAUUCAGAGUUCAGAGCACAUACCUCGAACUUUCUGCAACCCUGAUGAGCGGUGGGCGCCCCCAUACUGUGUUUUUUACAAUGGUGUAGUUGACACAUUGCGACACCAAUCGCACGAGCGCAUCCAGAAGCCUUGA